GAGAUAGCGGCAGUUACUCCGCGGAGCGCUCUCGCGCCGGUUCUAUUUCGAAACCAUGUCCCGAAGCAUCCCGCAUCGCCCGCGACAAUAAUACUGCAUCGCGCGUGAAAUGGCACUGGACUUUCACCGCGGGAGACACUUCCGCCAAUACAGGAAACGCAAGCGAACAUCAGCUUAGACGAUAUGCCGACCGCACCGAACGGCUGCCCUGAUGCCGUCAACGGCGUCAGCACAUCAACCCAACUCAAACUCCAUAUUCCAGAACACAACGGCACCAAUGGGUCUGUACCCUCAACCAACGGAAAUGGAAUUCACACAGAAAGAAAUGGAGUACUCUCUCCGACUAACGGAGCACUGUCGCCAAAUUCCAAUGGACCACUAUCUCCGCCCAUUUUGGAUGCGACCCCAAAGAAACCGCCGAAAGCACCGCCAAGUAGACCCAUACUGCCGAUGAAGAAAUCCAAAACGCUGCCUAUAAACUUUGACGAGAAAGUUCCACCAAAGACUCCGACCACUCUCUUGAAUGGAAAGAAACUUUUUGUCACGAAGACUUUAAAUGAGGUGCAUACGAUUCACCAAAGUCCUCUAGAAAAAUCUAUUGUGAAUCGGUCUCCGAGUCCUUCUUACAGAAGGAGCAUAUCUUCAGCUUCAGUAGAAACUGGUUCAAUAGCAGAAUUAGCCAGGCGACAUGUACCAAGUAACGUGUUGACUUCACGAUCUCCAAGUCCAUUGUCAUACAGCAGCGUCAGAAGUUCUGCUAGUCAAUAUUCGACUUGCAGCAGCAAUGGAACAUUCGUGCCACUCUCGCGUUCUUCGAGUAUGAAUUCGACUCUUUACAACAGGACACCAACACCACGCAGAAUGUACCCUCAAUCCUGCGAUUUCUCUGAAAGUGUAGAUCUUAAAGAACUAAGAUCCAAAGAACAGGCGCCAGUUGUAUUUGACGCAAACUUGAGCUUCGUUCUUGGCUGCAACAGGCAACCAGUCAGACAAAGGUUUAAGCCAGUAGCAGCGCAUUUAGAACAAGGAACUUCAUCUAACUACUUGAGCUCGAAGAUUGACAACUUUUUGAAGAGAACUGAUCAUGUCAUGGAUGAAUGGCGAAGACUUGGUCACAAAGAUGAACCAGACUUGGAUAUGUAUUACGACGGAAGGAAGAGGAAGGUCGGCCGAUCCAAGUCGGCGACAAACAUCAUGAUUAAAGGGUUAACUUUGUUCAGUAGAAGUGGAAGCAGGGCCAGCAGCAUAUGCCGAUCCUCCAGGGGAAUAUCGGAGGACCGCACUACGGUCUCUGAAAUGGACGAGCUCUCUGAGGUGGGGGGUGAGUUGGCUGAGGAGCGAGCGGCGGCUGCGCUUGCGACCGAGCGCGCCGACGCAGAAGCGGCCGAGAGACUGCGCGUCGAGAGGGACAACCGGGACCUCAUCACCAACAACCAGAGGCUGCAGCAGGCAUCCGAGCGGUUGGAGCUGGAACUCCUGCACUGGCGCUCGGCAGAGAGCGGCGGUGCCGAGCCGUCUGACUCCGAGGGCUCCGAGGCCGACGCUAGCGCCACCGGGGAGAAGUACAAACGAAGAUACGAGAGCGCCCACAGAGAGGUGCAGUUGUUGCGCGCGCAGUUGCGUCGCCAGCACGAGGACGACUUGGAGCAGCUGGUCUCCGUCAAGAAGCAACUCGAGAAGAAGGUACAAGAUGCGUAUGAAGAAGUGGAGGAACAGAGGGCCGUGGCUGCUCAAUGGAAGCGCAAGUUACAGAAGCUUACAAAUGACAUGGCCGACCUGAGGUCUCUUCUCGAUGAGCAGACGUGCCGAAACAACCUCCUCGAGAAGCGGCAGCGCAAAUUCGACGCAGAAUUACACGGGGCGCAGGAAGAGCUGAAACGCGAGCGCGCGGCUAAAGAGCGUUUGUCCCGCGAGCGCGACCAAGCGCACGCUGACAAAUACGCGCUGGAGCAGAGCCUCUCUGAAGCUCGGCUCGAACUCGAGCUGAAGGAAGAGCGGCUGGCGGCGGCUGCUCGUGAACUAGAGGAGCGCGGCGGCGGCGGGGACGAGGUGGCUGCGCUGCGGCGCGCGCGCACCGACCUCGAGCGCCGCGUGCGCGACCAGGAGGAGGAGCUGGACGACCUCGCCGGCCAGAUACAGCUGCUGGAAAGCUCCAAGCUUCGCCUGGAGAUGCUGUUAGAACAGCAGCGCAAGGAGGCGCGUCUGGAGGCAGCGGCGCGCGACGACGAAAUGGAAGAGACGCGCGCCAACGCCGCCAAGAAGCUCAAGAUGCUGGAAAGCCAACUAGAAAGCGAGCAUUCGGAGCGAAGCUUACUACUCCGCGAGCGCCACGAGCUGGAGCGAAGACUUGCGGCUCUAGAAGAAGCAGCUCGCGCCGACAGUCAUGAACAAGCCGCGCUGGUGCAGCGGCUUAAGAGGGACCUGAAGAGAUACCGCGCACUACUACGUGAUGCGCAGACAAUGCUAGAACAGAAAGAAAAAGAAGGAGGUGCCAAGGCGCAGAUUAGACAGUUGAAGAACCAAGUGGAAGACCUAGAGCUAGCGGUGCGUGCGGCGACAAAGGCGAAGCAGACAGCCGAAGCAGAAGCGUCGGAAGCGACCGCAGCGCUCGAGGAAGCGACGCGAGCGAAGAACGACGCGGCAGAACGAGCGCUCACCGCUACACGGGACGCGGCCGCGGCCAGGGCACAGUUGGAUGACGCAGAGGAAGAGGCUGCGGAGCUGCUCAAGAAAUACCGGUCAAGCGCGAACGCUUUAUGCGCUGCCCAAGCGGAGGCCCGUGAGGCCAGCGCGCGUGCUGAGGCCGCGUCAGAGGAGGCCCGUCAGGCCAAGGAACGCCUCAACGAGCUGACGGCGCGCCUCACCGCCGCCGAGGCGGGCCACACGCUGGGACAGCACGAGGCCGAGCGCCGGCUGGAGAUGAGAAACAAGGAGCUGGAAUCAAGCCUAGAGCUAGAAGCGACAGCGCGCGCGCGCCUGGAGGGGCAGCUGGCGCGCCUGCGCGACGCGCACGAGCAACUCGCGGCCGAGCUGGGCGCGGCGCGCGCGCGCGACCACCACGCCGCCGACGAGCUGCGCAAGCUCACCCGCCAGCUCAGAGAGCUAAAAGAAGAGAACUCGGCCCUCAACGCCAAGCUAAGCGAGGCGGCCCGCGCUAAGGCAGCGGCCGAGGGCGCGGCGGCGGCGGCGGCGGCUGACGCGGCGGCGGCGCGGGACGAGGCGCGCCUCGCUGCCCGGCGCGCCACGGCCUUACAAGAAGCCAUCGCUGGAGACCUGUCUAGCCCUGGUGACUCUAGGGACACGGAUAGCGACAACGACAGCUACAGCUCCGACGAGUCGAUCGGCACGUUCCUGGCCAACCACAAGCUCAGUCCCUCGGCGCCCUCGCGCAACAGUCUCCACCUUGACUCGCAGAAAUCUCAGAGCCCCGAAGGCCGCGGCUCGCGCGCCAGCGUCAGCUCCGGCUCGAAGCCGAUAAGCCCGAGCAAGGAGUCGUUCGCAUAACAGCCGCCCGCCGCCGCCGGCGCCGAGCCCGGCCCCGGCCCCGGCCUGCUCGCCGGCGCGCUGCCGCUGCUAUGCGCCGUGCUGUGCGCGCGCCCUCGCCCGCACGAACCGCGCCAAAUCCAAGACUGAAUUUUAAAAAACAAAACGUCAGCUGUCACACCGACAGCGCUCUUGGCGGGAAAAACUAGUGACGUGCGAACUACCGCGAGUGGUGUCGAUACGAGUGUUUUGUUUAACCCCACGCGAAGUGUUUUGAUCGCUACGACUGUACACCGAUUAACUUUAACUUUAUUAGACACUCUUUUCAAUAACCAUGUAUACCGAUGGCUCCUAAAUUAGACUGCUCAAUAUACACGUUUAUAAAAUAGAGGCUACGCAAAAUUUUACAUGUUUUUAUACAGCUUUUAUCGACGUUUCGUACGUUUGCUACAAGUUUGAUAUAGACGUUUUAUAGGUAUGGCGCUAGUGUCGGCCAAUAAUAAUGUGAAAAAUGUAUGCAUUCCAAAAUAUUCUCCAUGAUCGUGAACUUUUGGCUCUGCACGUGUUGCGCCCGCGCCGCGACGCAGGCUCGUCCCUACGACACAGGUCACUGGCACCAUUCAUACUAGGCUUCGACGAUAAUUUAUUUAGUUUAGAAAUGUUAGAGAAUUCAUUUGUAUGCACUUAAUGUCGCGCUGCGUUCAGUCAGUAUUUAGACGGCCUAGUGGCGGGUAACUUACAAAAUAAUGUUAGGCCCUUUGUUAUUUAGUUAGCUAACUUUUGUAAAUAACUAGAUGGCAUAUACAUUUUAUUAUUUAAUUGUAAUAUUUGUGUGAUCAGACUGUUAUUCUAUGAUUUAUUUGUUACAAGUGAGUUGUUGCUUUAUAGUAGACAUUCAAUACAUAUCUGUUAGGUAAUAGAUUUUUUUAAUUAUUGUCAAAUAUCAUUCGUUAUCGGUUUGUUUUGCCGUAACUAUGAAGUAAUUAGCGAAUCUGUAUUCUCUAUAAAAUAUAUUCCUUGUAAUUAUUCUAACUUGAUUAUCCUUAAAAUCAUAAUAUUUAUUCCUAUAUAAUAAUAUUAUCUGUGUCUGUAACCGCGUAUAAAAUUGACUAUCUUAUUAUGUGUACUGUACGAUAAUGUGAUGAAACGUUACUGAAUUCACUACUGGUUGUAAAAUGAAAUAUUUAAUAAAGUAACAGAAAAAAUA